CCGUGUUGUGCCCCCGAGAAGGGGCGGCGGCCAUUUUAACUUUUGUUUUCUCAACUACUACAGGAAAAGUGCAGCGUUCGUCACAGCAACAUAAUCUAUCGCCUGUCGUGGCGUUCCUAUCGCCACAUAUCGCCGAUAUCAGAACCCCGGGGAGUAGCCUGGCCCCGGCUUUAUCUCCAAAUUAUUAUUUUUUGCACCUUGAAUGAGCGGCAUCGUCCCCGUCAUCACUUCUCUGUAACGGACGUCGGCAAGGCUUCCAUAAAUGCGGUACGGAGCCAAAAUGAUGCCGAUGUUUCUCACGGUUUAUCUGAGUAACAAUGAGCAGCACUUCAGCGAGGUCCCGGUCACUCCUGACACCACGUGUAGAGACGUCGUGGAGCUGUGCAAGGAGCCCGGGGAGACAGACUGCCACUUGUCUGAAGUAUGGCGCGGCACAGAGCGCCCCCUGGCAGAUAACGAGCGAAUGCUUGACAUUCUACAGAAAUACGGCAUGCAGCGGAACGAGGUGCGAUUCUACUUACGCCACGAGCGCCCUCCAUCUAGGGAGUCCGGAAAUAUACAAAGAGCCCAUGAUCCCAAUGUGAAGCGAAAUGGAGUGAAGGUUCCUUCUGAUAGGAGGAUCGAAAAUGGGGUGAACGGCCCCAGGAUGGACAUGACUCUGGCUGAACUGCAGGACAUGGCAGCGAGACAACAGCAGCAGAUUGAGGCUCAGCAGCUAAUGCUGGCCACCAAGGAGCAACGUUUAAAGUACCUGAAGCAGCAGGACCAGCGUCAGCAGCAGGCCAGCGAGCAGGAGAAGCUGAAGCGCCUGCGGGAGAUCGCAGAAAACCAGGAGGCCAAGCUGAAGAAAGUGCGAGCGCUGAAGGGUCACGUGGAGCAGAAAAGGCUCAGCAAUGGCCGCCUAGUGGAGGAAAUCGAACAGAUGAACAACAUGUUCCAGCAGAAGCAGAAAGAGCUCAUGGCGGCCGUGUCCAAGGUUGAAGAAAUGAGCCGCCAGCUGGAAAUGCUGAAGAACGGACGGAUCGAGGGUUACCAUGACAACCAGUCGGCUGUGGCCGAACUUGAUCGUCUCUACAAAGAGCUUCAGUUGAGGAACAAGCUGAAUCAGGAGCAGAAUGCCAAGCUGCAGCAGCAGAGGGAGAGUCUGAACAAGCGCAACUCCGAGGUGGCCGCAAUGGACAAGCGCGUCAACGAGCUGCGGGACCGGCUCUGGAAGAAGAAAGCGGCGCUGCAGCAAAAAGAGAAUGUACCGAUUUCAUCUGAUGGGAAUGUACCUCAGCAGGUAGCGAGCGGCUCCAGCCGAGUGGCGGCCGUCGGCCCUUACAUCCAGUCCGCCACCAUGCCUCGGGUGCCUUCCAGGCCUGAGCUGCUGGUUAAACCUGCUUACCCAGAGAGCACCGCGACCGUGCAAGUGCCUGAUGUGCCGCUGAAGACCCAGACCUUGCCCAACAUGAGGACUUCAUCCCAGGGCAAAGCACAAUCCGGGACAGGGAUUCAUAGCAUCAAGUCUCAGCAGCAGACUGGCACUGAUUGGAGUGCUGUAAAUGGCAACAGCCAGGGACCGGCAAAGGGCGCCCCGAAUACCGCCUUAUCAGCUCCAGACGUUGACCCAUCUGUGAGGGAUAAAGACAAGAAGACCAGACCCAGUUCUAUGUUCGAUUCCGUCCAGCAGCCCCCGGGACCACCUAAUUUUGGAACGUUGAGGAAGAAUCAGAGCAGUGAAGAUCUCCUUAGAGACGCCCAGGCUGCUAAUAAAAAUGUGACCAAGGUGCCACCACCGGUUCCUUCCAAACCAAAACAGAUAAACCUGCCUUAUUAUGGUCAAGGCGCUCCGCCGCCUCCCACAGAAGCAAAGACUGAAGUCGUCCCGAGCAAGACACCUGCCGGGGGCAAGCAAAAUGGAGCGCCUCAACAGAGGGUACCUGUGCCCUCCCGCCAGGAAAGCCCUCCUCCUGCCAAGAUAGAGACUCCUCCUGCAGUGGCGGUGCGUCCAUUUACACCCCAACCGGUGAAAGAGCCGCCUCCCCCGCCCUUUCGCAAGCCUCAGAUGGUGGCCGCCAGUUCUAUCUAUUCUAUGUACACCCAGCAUCAAAAUCCAGGCAAAAACUACAGCGUGCAGGGAGCACUCAGCAGAGCCCAUACCCGGGCACACUUUCCCAGCGUGUAUGGUAAACCAGUGAUUGGUGGAGGAGCACAAAGCCAGCAGAAUGGUAACCUGUCCACAGACGGCACCCAGAUAGAUAGUAAAUCGGGCAGCCCAGAGCCCGAGACAGACGUUCCAGCACCUGGUACUGAGAACACAGAGACUGAAAGAAUUCCCCGUCCCCUGAGUCCGACCAAACUCCUUCCAUUCCUGACGAACCCUUACCGGAACCAGAGCGACGCAGACCUGGAGGCUCUACGAAAGAAGCUCUACAACGCCCCCCGGCCGCUCAAAAAACGCAGCUCCAUUACAGAGCCUGAGGGACCUAAUGGACCAAAUAUUCAGAAGCUCCUGUACCAGAGGACUACACUGGCCGCCAUGGAGACUAUCUCUGCCCCCAAACAGACUCCUGUCACCUCCAUCUCGGAGAAUUCUGCAGAAAUGACCCCCAUCUCUGCCGACAUAGACACCGAAGUCUCCUCAGAAACUUCUUCGACUCUACAUGUCAUGGACAUUGUUCCUCCUGAGGAGGAGACCAAUAUGUUUACCGAGGACAUUGAGAUUCCUUCCCCAGAGCUGGGUCCUGACAGUAUUCCCGAACUAUUUCCAUAUGAGGGUCUCCCACCUCUCACUGUGGAGACAGAGCCGAAUCCAGAGCUGCCGGAACCCCCUGAAACUUAUAUUGAGGAAUACCCUCCAUACCCCCCUCCUCCAUAUCCCACUGCCGGAGACCAGGACAAUGUAGCGGAGGAUACCAGUAACCUGAGUCCUCCAGAGAUCACCGGACAGUUCUCCCUCCCUCCGGGUAAAAGAACAAACCUGAGGAAGACCGGCUCUGAGAGGAUCAAUCACGGGAUGAGGGUGAAGUUCAACCCCCUCGCUCUGCUUCUAGACUCCUCCUUGGAAGGAGAGUUUGACCUUGUCCAGAGAAUAAUCUAUGAAGUAGAAGACCCCAGUCAGCCCAAUGACGAGGGGAUCACUGCCCUCCACAACGCCGUGUGUGCCGGUCACACCGAGAUCGUCAAGUUCCUCGUACAGUUUGGAGUGAAUGUAAACGCGGCAGACAGCGAUGGCUGGACCCCACUGCACUGCGCCGCCUCGUGUAACAACGUUCAGGUGUGUAAGUUCCUGGUGGAAUCUGGAGCGGCCGUGUUUGCCAUGACCUACAGCGACCGACAGACGGCGGCGGACAAGUGUGAAGAGAUGGAGGAGGGGUACAGCCAGUGCUCCCAAUUCCUGUAUGGUGUCCAGGAGAAGAUGGGCAUCAUGAACCGCGGCGUCAUCUACGCUUUAUGGGACUACGAGGCAGAAAACGAUGACGAGAUGACACUGAAGGAAGGCGACUGCAUGACCGUACUGCACAGGGAGGACGACAAUGAGACGGAUUGGUGGUGGGCCCGCUUACAGGACAAGGAAGGAUACGUCCCGCGUAAUCUACUUGGGCUUUACCCAAGGAUCAAACCAAGACAGAGAACUUUGGCGUAAACCCAAAUCCGUGAAAUGAUGGUUCUCGUUCCUCCAAAAUAAAUGAAGGAUUUCAACAUUUAGACUCAAGUAUUUGUAAGGAUUUACACAGCAUCUGUAUCUCCUGAUCUAGAGAGGACUACAGGCCUCUGGGACACAAUGGCGCCCCCCGGAGGCCGACUCUGUAAUGCUCAUUCACCGGUAUAUGAUGAGUUCUGGCCGCCGUUUCCUCAUCACCGCACAUCUGUAGCACAUUCAGAAUACGGACUUUAUAUUUUCUAUGGAUUAUUUUUAUUUUUUUUUCUUCACUAACAUAAAUCGUACAUUUUGCGAUGUGUAGACUUCUAGGUAUUUUACUAAAACAUUGUUAUAUAUUUAUUUUACUUGUAGCUUAGAUGUCAUAAAGUGAAAAAGAAAAAAAAAAAGAUUUUAAUAAAAAUGUCCUGUUGUGAUGUGUAAAAACAAACUGGAUGAGAUGAAAAUCAAUAUGGCUUC